UUCCGGUACGCCACCGGAACUUCCAGAGGAUGGACCUGCUUGCGGAGGAAGACCACUUCAUGAAAGUGGUGGACGGCCACAUUAUCUACUUCUGCACGGUCUGCGAGCGCUCCUACAUGACCCUGUCGAGCCUCAAGCGACACUCCAACGUGCACUCCUGGCGCAGGAAGUACCCGUGUCGUUACUGCGAGAAGGUGUUCGCCCUGGCGGAGUACCGGACCAAGCACGAGGUGUGGCACACCGGGGAGAGGCGCUACCAGUGCAUCUUCUGCUGGGAGGCCUUCGUCACUUACUACAACCUCAAGACGCACCAGAAGUCUUUCCACGGCAUCAACCCUGGCCUGAUCAGCAGCGAGAAGACGGCCAACGGUGGGUACAAGCAGAAACUAAAUGCCCUCAAACUCUACCGCUUGUUGCCCAUGAGAUCCCAGAAAAGGGCUUACAAAACAUACAGCCAGGCCCUUUCUGAAAGCAUCCUAAUGCCUUCCCUGACAGCGCCUUUGGACAAUGGCCUUCCUGAGUCUCCGGGUUCUGAGGGGUUGUGCUCUCUGGGUCUGCGCCCGGAGGGUGCUGGGGAUUAUAUAUUUCCGGCAUCGUUGGACCCUGACACUUUGGAACAAGGGGAAAUACCCACCGGUCCACGCAAACGGUCUAGUCCUGCCAUGCAUGGGAUAAGGGAGGGGGAGACAGACGAGGAAGCAGCAAAAACCCUGCCUGAAAGCAGAACAGGUUUUCCAAGCGCGGAUGGUUCUGUCUCCACAGUUAUUGCGUACGGUCACCCCAAGCCCUCUGUGAUCGUGCACGGCACAGCUGUCUCCUCCGUUAUCGUGCACAGCAACCAGGUUGCAUCGACGUCCGUGAACAGCAGCAGCAGCUGUCCGAGUCGUCACCCCUCGUCCGAACCCUCAAAAGUCCCCCCACCCAUCAAGAAACAGGUCCUGAAGGAAUACAUCCAGUCCCAGAAAAGAGCUUCCAGCGAGGAAACAGAAGAAGGGAGGAGAAGCGUACGGGAAGACAAAAAAUCACAGAAACCUUGCAGGACCUCCGCCAACGGCAACAGCGUCACCUACGUGGCCAAGCCGGCAUACGUGGGAGCAUCUUCAGAGACCAGAGGCGGUGCCCCCUUGUGCCAGAUCACUGUGCGCAUCGGGGAGGAAGCCAUCAUGAAGAGAAGCAUCUCUGAAACGGACCUGAUGAGGGACAAGGGUUCCCCUGCCAACAAGACCAAAAGAAUGGACCCUCUCCACAAGGAGACGAACCAGCACCAGCACCAACACCACCACCACAACAAGGAGACGGACCAGCACCAACGCCAACACCUACACCACAACAAGGAGGCCGAGCCAGAGAAGAAGAAGAAGAAGAAGAAGAAGAUGAAGAAGUGUAAAGCGAGCAAAUUGAGGGAAUACAAUUUCCGCAGGGAGGUGAGGGAGGAGGAGAGCGACCAGGAUGCCGAGGACAACCUGUGGCGGCCUUACUACACUUACAAGCCCAAGAGAAAGACCCUGCACGUUCAGAAAGUCAAAAAACCCAGCUGGAGGCGGAAACUCCGAUACAAGCGAUCGCUGCGGCUGAUGAAGAGGGCAGAGAAGCUCUUGGGCCGAAGCUUAGACGAGGGCGGCGACUGCAAGCCAAGCGCCGGUCUUCAGGAUAAGCGAGGAGUGCCCAAGGAGGAGGAGGAGGAGGAGGAGGAGCAGGAGAAUUUCAGCUGCCACAUCUGUGAAGAAACCUUCCCGGAUUUCCCCUCUCUGGAGAAACACGAGAGGAACCACCGGACGGGCAAGGCCUUCGAAUGCAUCACCUGCGGCAGGCAAUUUUCCAGCGUGAAAAAGCUGGACAAGCAUGAGCUGACCCACCUCAUGGAGUUCGUAUGCUUGCGGUGUCAGGAGUCCUUCAGGAACAGGGCGCUCAUGGAGGCGCAUCAGAAGACGCACCAGGCUGAAGGCGAGAACCGUUUCCCCCAAGAGAGGGAGCUUGUCACGGAAUCCAAAGAAACGGGCUACCCAGAGAAAAGUAACCUGCCCCGGGUUGGGAGAAGGCCAUCUGUCCGGCACACCUGCACCUCCUGUUCCAAAGUCUGCAAGACUGUAGCAGCACUGGGGAGGCACAUGAAAAGGCACGAGGCAGAGAGAGACGAUUCAGCAGAGCCUGGACCAGAACUGCAUCCCACAGCGGAAGCAGAAGCAGAAGCAGAAGACUUAGACCACGAUUUAGAAGCAAACAGAGAUCAGUCUAAAUCUAUCCCUGUUAUUAAUUACACCACAUCAGCAGCGGACGAGACAAGCGACAGGCUGGCCGGCGCAGGCAGUUACGCACCUCAAUGUGACGUCCUGGGAAAAACUCAGCUUCAGUCUGACCAGGCAGUGCCAGCACAGCUGUCUGAAAUAUCUUCCAAUAAUGAACAACGAGUCCUACAAAAUCCUGGCUCAAGUCCACGGGGAAGCAAGAUUGUUCCCCCGCCUGGGAGCCCGGAAGCUGCACCUUCGGCCAGGGCUGAGGUUCCCAGCAGUUCGGUCCAGAGUGUUCUGGUUCUGAACGGCAGAGACUGUUUGGACUCUUGUCAGCAGCAGGAGGCUGUGACGCCUUAUAGGGCCAUAAGAAGCCAGGUGGGGCAACCUCAGGGGCCGCUGCUGAUGACCACAGAACACCGCGAGCCAGGACCGCGUUCUCAGAGUUAUAAACAUCAAGAUGAGUGUACGGGCAGUGCUACACCAAGACCCAACGCAACUGCCGAGGGAACAGCGAGAUCAGAUGAAGGAAGCAAUGCUCAGAACAACUACGAACAGGACACUGGCCCAUACAGUUAUCAAAGCACUUCGAUGAUGUCACACACCAGAAGGGAGGACGACGACGACGGUCCCCAGAAUCUGGUGAUGUCACACGCGGGACCCAGCCCUCCUCCUCCUCCUCCUCAUGCUAUGGAGCAAGCCGCGAUGUCGCGCGCGCGAGAGGAGGCUUCCGAACGCGGCGAGAUGGAAUCGCGCGGGCAGGGAGAGGCUCCUGCGCGGGCGAUGGUCUCCCACGCAGGAAAUGAGGCCCCUCUGUCUGCACUGAUGAUGUCCCACCUAGCUAGAGACGCUCUUCCUGCACCAGAUCUGCUGAGAACGCACAUGGGAAGGGCUGCAGCUCCACAGGAACUGACGAUGUCACGUAACGGGAGAUCAGAGGGGCUGACGAUGACGAGGGUGCCUCAGAAAGAGGAAACGCUCCCGGCAAUGGAAUUCACUAAGACUCAAACCACUGCAGGCACCGCUAACACUGCCACUGCUGCUGCUGCCCAUGGACGUCUCAUGCCACAGACCACCACUUCCAACAAGUGCCCCCAUAAAAGGAUCAAAUCGCCAACCCUGGGUGCAAACACUCUGGCGCAAGAACUGCUGAAGCCUCACUUGGGGUCCAAAGCAACCAUCCAGGACGUGGCGAGGAUGGUGCAGGAAGACCUGAUUCCGCAGAACCUGAUGAUGCCCCGUGGAACUGAAGACAGCGUGCGCGCUGAGAAUCCGCUCGCUCCCUGCCAGUCCGAAGAGCUUCAAUACUCUGCUCCGCAGGAUCUCCGCAUGGCGACAACUUUCCCGGUUCAGGAGUUCCCUCUGCCUCUCCUGGCGCCCGCUGGCUGCCGAACCAGCAAAAAACACCAGGAAAGCCCCCUGCUCUCCUACCCGACCGCUGCCAUGCAGUUUGGCGACCUGGGCAAGAUGUCUAGCGGUGAUCUGGCAAAGCUGCCUUUUUACCCGGACCCCUACCAACUGCUCUACGGGCCCCAGCUCAUGGCGUACCCUUACAACCUGGCGGCUCUGCCCAUGGCUUUGAACAUGGUGGUCCCCAGUGAAAAAGGGCAGCCUCUGCCAUUCCUGCCAACCCUCUUCAGCUAUGUGAACCCCUGUACGGGGCUCGUGCAGGAGCCCCACCUGCUAGCUAAAUCGAGCAGGAGGGACGACCACCGUGACGCCGCAAAUCAGUAGGUGAUAAAGAAGAGAGACGGCGAUCUGGAGUCCUGUCGGUCGACCCAGAGGGUGGACCCAUUCUCGCCCGCCGGCCUCUCUCCGUUUACCUCUCUGCCCUUAUUUGUAGUAGUCUGUACAAGGUUUCAGCCGAUAUAAACUGUCCUUUCGAGGCACCCUACAGUUAACUGGGGUUGUGUGUGCUUUUAGUUCAACCUGCUUCUCAUAGCGAUUGCAAAAACGACUGUUUAGUUUUUUUGAGUUGUGUUUUUUAUUUUUUUUCCAGAGAAAGUGAAACCCAUUAUGUGUCCCUUAUCUCUACACCGGGACAGGUUGAUCUUCUGUAGGCUAAAAAAGGUGUAGUGGCAUCAAAAUCCUACCUAAAUCUCUCUUAGUAGCUUCAUCUAUUCAACUGACUUGUGUUUCACCAAGGAAAUUGACAGUGGUCGAACACAAGUUCCCAAUGAAACAAGGGUAACACGAAGCAGUCAGGUGUGUUUUUUCGCAAAGGAUUGCUCCUGAAAACACAGGCAUGUGGAUGGAGGGUAGUCUACAUUCAGUGAAGUGAGACCUUCCACAAGCUGAUAAAUUAGUCUAAUAAAGAUGCUACCAAAACAGAUUCCCAUUCAGAAACCGAUCGAUUUUCACUGGAUACCUUAUUUAUUGUAUUAACUGAUGUUGCACAUCUUUGGGGUUUUUUCUUUUAAAAUAAUAAUAAAAAAAAAAAAAGGUUUACAGAAACGAAUGCUGUUGGAAAGUUUGCAGACUGCACUAGCUCGAGACAGAAUGUGCCUGUUGGGUUUGGAACAGUUCAUGAGAAAGUCUUAAAAACCAAGGAGCAAAACAGACGAAAAAAAAAAUGCAUUCCAUAAAAAAUGAUCUCCAAUAAUGAGAAACAAAUAUAUAUUUUUCACUCAGCUCAAUUUUUUUGCUCCCAAACCCCCAAGGCAGCCACAGUACAAGUGGUAUCAUACAAAUGUUUAUUUCAUGUUUGCCAACCAAAAAAAAGCAGUAUUGUUGUCCUUCUUCGUCAACCAAAAAAUAAAAAAUAAUAAUAAUAAUAAUAAUACUAAAUUCACACCGCAGAAAAACACUGCAGAAUGUAGAUUCCACAGAUCUUUCUUGUUUAUGGAAAACAGAUACUCCCGUCUCAAAAUUUGUGCUUUAAAAGGAGUUUUCUCAUUAGCACUGGUAGUACUAUCCCUGGUCAUCCCUUCUGAAGAGCUGUUGGUUCUUUGCAUGUAUUUUCCACCUCGAUAAGAUUUCAAGAGCGAAGCUAUAGAUUCGACGUGGCUGCUGCUGCUCCUGCAUACCUAAUCACAUCCUGUGCUGUAGGUCACACUCACUCCGACGACGACCCACAGCUAGACGCCAGGAUGCAGCAGUUUAUCGAUAGCUUUGUAUCUGAAAUAUUGGAAACAUUUUAGUUCAGGUGUUUGUUAUAAGAGAGCAAAACCAUACAAUGGAUGAGACAGACAUAAAAAGACAGACAGACCUGAAAAGUUUAGCUGUUAAACCGAUUAUAAACAAUAGCGACAAAAAAAAAUAAUAAUUGUGUAAUUACUAUUUCAAAUCGUAUUCUGUAAGUGUUAACAGCAUAAUUAAUAACAUGUUUUCAGCGACAAGGUUCAGCUCUCAAUGCAAUAAAAGGGAGAACAGCGAUCAUAAAAAAAAAAGUCAAUUUGAAAUCCUUAGUUAGACUCUCAUAGAGGUGUACUGUAGUUUCAACAGUUUUUUUUUAUUUUAGUUAUUUUUGCAGCAAUGUGAAACAGUUUGGAAACUUGUCUGAGUAUUAUUUCAUCCUGAAUACAAACCCCCCCUGAUCUUAGUUUGAAUGCACUGGAUUCUGAGACUGGGUACUGUGAAGAAGAAGCAGCUCCACGUAGCUAUUCAAACCAAUCUCCAGUUUACCAAAAAAAACAAAAAAAGAAAACAAAGCGAGGCAAUUAGAUGUAUUAUUUUUUAUAACCUUUUUUUGUGGUGUUAAAAACAGGUUAACAUGGUUUGUGUACCACUCUGGCCAAAAGUUUAGCAUCAACUACAGUUUUAGGAUUGAGACGUAAUUAAAAAAAAAUUAUAUAUAUAUGAACA